AUGGCCUCGAUUUUGGACAAAAAGUACACCCAUACGUGGUGGGUCCAAGAUUGGAACGCACCAGAAUGGAAGGAAGCCUGGGCACAGCUCAUCGAAGAUGUACCCAAGAUUAUCGAAAGGUCCGGGGUGGCCAUCACAGGGCCAAGUGGCGACCCUCAAACUGAGAAACCCAUCCUGCUAGACGUCAGUGCGGGCAUUGCCUUCAAGGGCGCCCACGGACACAGCAGAGAUACUUUCUAUUUCCUGACGGGCUUCCCGUCUUACUACAAUCCUCGUGGUCUGCCGUACGACGCCAUGUUCACGUGCAACACGGGUGGCCUCGCCUACGAUGCUGUGGCCACAUGCAUCCUGCUCCGGGCCUGGGAGCUCGGACAAGACAACUUCGAUGUCUUGUAUGCUGGAUUCGUGUUCUAUCUGAUUUGGGAAUACUUACUGACCUCUUCUAGUUCGCGAGCAGGGUACGUGAGCUGGCGCCCGGCUCGCGAGCUCUACCAGAGCCUGUGGCCCGAUGACCCCAUUGAGCAUAUGUGGGGCGUGGAAGAGGAAAAAGACCCGCGGGCGGCGAGAGGUAAUGUUACAAGUGGGUAUUGUGGCAUUGAGCUUAUUAUGGGGUUAGGUGAGAGUGGCCAUUGGCACUCCAGGCGAGGAUGA